AUGGACACAUGCCAGAAAUUGGUGACCCCAAAACGUUCCUGGGCGAUCUUUUACGAAUUACGAGGGAAUGAGAUUGUGGGCUUGUUGGGUGAGAUCAAACUCCGAUGCAUACUGAGAGCUUUUCUGGGAGCCAUGUUCACGACCACUGCAACCACCGUUGAAAAGACAUCAGCAACACAGCCUAACCAGGCACUUUUGCCCAAGCCUCUUGUUCCCGCUGGAACAAAUGUACCGCCAAGGCCACACGUUGUCGAGUCUUCAUCCCGUACCAUUGUUGUCAACGAACCUGCUGUGAUCACCGACUGGUUUCGGUUGAUUGGACAGGAAACUGGCUACCUGCCCUCGGACCUUACUGAUGAGUCCAUCUUCCCCGAACUGGGUGCUGAUUCUCUCACGUCUCUUGUGCUAGCUGAGAAACUCUGA